AAAUCAAACACUCUUCAAAACGCUUUUUGGAAAUGGCCAAUCUGCAAUUGAUUGAAUGGUGUUGGUGCCUUGGUGUUGGUGGAAAGACAUGUUACUACUAUUGUAGGCCUAUUGACAGUUUUCUGUAAUCCCUUUUUUAUCAAUCUCCGUAUUAUAUUUUUAAGAAUAUAUUAUUUUUCAACAAAUGGAUGUUUUGGCUAAAUAUUCAAAAGGCUUCUCUGACUCCCAUCACAUUAAAUGUCAGGCAGCCAUUCUCUGUGGAUGCAUUGGUUUUGUGACUCUUAACUCCUAUAAUCACAUAUUAUGGAUUUUCCUUUAUUCAAGUUUAGUAGGAUAGCCUUUGCUAUAUUCCUUUAGUGUAUGAUAUAGGCCGAUUUGCAUUUCCAUCAUAAUUAUUGGAAAUCAUUCAAUCUUUAUUAACACGCCACAUGCAGUAGGCUAGAUGUUUAGAGUAGGUGUUAUCAUGAACCUGCUCUCCUCCAAUCUUCUCAUACGUCUUUGUUGAUCUGGUGUCUGCAGCAUCACCACAGGCGCUCAAUGCAACUGCCUGCUGCCUCAAUAUGGAAACUAAUUUCCACUGAGGGAGAACAGACUAACAUCAACAAGAUUGCAAAAUUACUCUUUAUCGUUUUUUCGUAUAAAAAACAUUGAAUUCUUCCAACAUGCAAAACGACACGGCGCAACUGGCAGACUGCGAUGUGGGACACGAUGCCAAAAUCAGUCUUGCGGCACUCUAUUCUCUCAUGUCCCUGUUUGGGACCAUUUUAAACCUUUUGGUUGUCUACCUGGUCGUGACAUUUAAGAAACUUCGGACGGCUAGCAAUGCGUUUAUUGUGAACGGCUGUAUAGCCGACCUGUUGGUGUGCGCAUUUUGGAUGCCGCACGAGGCGGUGGGAAUUUAUUCUGGAAGCCCUUUCCCGGCUGGGUACCAAGCCUUCAAAGAUGCGCUCUUAUUCCUCGGCAUCACUGUCUCUCUUCUCUCCCAUUCCCUGAUCGCGGUCAACCGAUACGUGUUGAUUACCAAAUCACCAGUGACCUAUCUGUCCAUCUACCAAAAAAGACGCACAGAAUGGAUGAUAAGCGCUUCGUGGCUUUCGGCGCUGGGAUUUAUUUUACCCUGGAUCACAUCUUUACGGUACCCACAGGAAGGAUGCUCAUAUCUCCCGGCUUCCGCAGCAUCACUGCUCAAAGGAGGGAAGCCCAUUUUCUCUGACCCAUUUGCAGCUGGUACCCUGGCGUUGACUAUUAUUGGUCAGACAAUGGUUGUUCUGUAUUGCUAUUUAAAAAUCUUUCGAAGGGUGCAGAUCAGUGUGAAGAGGGUCAGCAUAUUACAUUUUCCUAUAGUAAAUAACCUUCCAUAUUCCUUCCCCAGAAAGGACAAACGUUUGGGGUUCUACGUGUUGGCAGUGUGUUUCAUAUUCAUACUCACUACACAGCCCCUUUUCUGGGUGUUAUCAAUAGCGCUUUUUACCACAGUGCCAUUGGCACUAAGGACUUGUUCUUGGAUGUUUUUCUGCACUCUCUUUGUUACAAACCCAUUUCUCUACACUUGGAAGAACGAGGAGUUUAGAAAAUCUUUCAGAUCCGUGCUCAAGGGAGAAUUUUGGAGAGGGUCUACAGUUGGGGUUGAGCCCAUCACAAUUAAUACAAUAUCUCACCUUCUGCCGAGACAAAACAGUAGAAGGGCAUUUUUGGCUGAGAUAAAUUGAACAGCAUCUGAACUGCAAUGACAUUGGUCCCCUGUAAGGAUACAUCCCUAUAGUGUUUUAGAAAGCUUACCUGGCAACUCAAUUCAAAAUGAAGCUAUUGGUUGCUCAGCAUUGUAAAAUGUUAGUGAUGCUGUUAAGGUAUUAUUAUUAUUAUUAUGUAGUGCCAUUAUGCAAUAAAUUGUAGGUCAACCAGAAGAACACUCAGCAAAUUAAUACAUAGUUUGUAAAACAUUGUGUAUCAAAUUCGUUUUUGUUUAUAUUCAUGUAUUUUUCUAUAUCAAUUUUUUAUGGACCAUGGUUGUAAUAAGCCUUUAUGCAAAUUGUAAAUCCGCUUAUGUGUUAAUUUUAAUAAAGCUGAAAAUUAAAGUGCAAAAAAACAUUUUGUCACGUUUGGCUAUUACACUUGACUGGGUGCAGUGUCCUUGUGUGUCCAGAUGCACCUGAGGUCACCAUCAGUGCUUUUUCAUCUAUGAGCAGCAGCGAUGGCCACCCCCCAAUUUACCAUCGACGGUGGGUGUGUGGCCAAGAACGUGUUGUCCGAGUCAAGGAAGAGAUGACACUGGAGGUACAACGUGACUGUACAACUACUUACUACUUUAAUCAGUGCAAACAUCCAGGGGUGCAACAUCGUUAAGCUUCUGCAUGCCUCAUCUGAUGAUGGUAUUGGAAAUAAUAUCCCUAACGGUCGUUGUUUACGACUGCAUCUUUUGAGUCAUUUUACAAUUUGCAUUUUAAAAUGAUAGCAUUUUGACAGGUAUAUGCUUCCAUAUCACUUAAAUUGUUUUUCACAGCCUGUUUAUGCUCUUUGUAGACGGAUCAGCGAACACGAGUAUUCAAGGCCUACCCGUUGCAAACCAUUUCCCACAGGUUCAGCUGAACCUGACCUGCUUGUCGGACAUGCACCCCAAAGCCAAGCAGUACACCUCUGUACCAGGAUCCCAGAUAUGAUACUACCCAAAAAGGCCACGAUUACAAACAGCCACUUAAUCAUUGAGAACUUCCCAAAACACCACAAAGGCAUCUGAGUGUAGAGUGAGUCCCCAUGGUGGGAAUUACAGAGGGAGCAUUUUUUUAAUGCCUCUGUACAAGGUACGAAGUAGCCACCAGUAUAUUUUCAUACUGUAUUUGCUGCCUUGUAAUAAUUUCCUCGAUUAAAAAAUUGAUAUAAAUUCCUUAAAGCACAGCAUUUUAUACAAAUGUAUAAGUAUUAUGAUAGCAAAUGGCAUCAAGGAAAUAAGUGGUCAAAGAGUACUGAUUUAUGAAUUGUUAGUCAAUUGUAAAAAGGAAACAGGUUUUAACCUGGAAGACGAACCAGUCAGAGCUUAAUGCUGUUAAUCUUGCCAGUUGUACAUCUGUAAACAGUUUAGCAAUACAGGUUUGUGCAUGUUUUGCACCACAAACUGUGGUGUUCCUCUUUUGUCCCUGCAGCGUAGCCCGAGUCUAAGGUGUCCACUCAGUUGGCAGCUACAAUGACUGGCUGUCUGGUCAGCGGAAUCACUGGAGGGUCCGUGGCAAGAUUCAUGCUAGCUAAAUGGCUCAACGGGUGUUCCCUUAAAUCACCUCACUGUGUGGGAUUUAUUCUUGAGCCAUUCAGUCUCAUCCAUAGUGCCUACAGUCAAAUCAAACUUUGUCACAUGCGCCGAAUAUUUAUUCUAUUUUAUUUAUUCGUUAUUUUACCAGGUAAGUUGACUGAGAACAUGUUCUCAUUUACAGCAACGACCUGGGGAAUAGUUACAGGGGAGAGGAGGGGGAUGAAUGAGCCAAUUGUAAACUGGGGAUUAUUAGGUGACCGUGAUGGUUUGAGGGCCGGAUUGGGAAUUUAGCCAGGACACCGGGGUUAACACCGGUGCCAAGUGCCAUGGGAUCUUUAAUGACCUCAGUGUUAGGACACCCAUUUACACAGUUUGCAACUGUUGGACUACUGGUUACACCCUAGAUACAGGCAAGAGUGUGCAAGGUGGUAUUGAAUGUAACACGUUCACCUUCAUUACUCAAAAUUCUCAACAUUUGCACCUACGUUGUAAACUUUCGUUCAUUGGCUAAGUUGUAGCAACCUCAUGAUGGGUACAUGUAGCCUAAACCUAUCUAUGAAACAUUGAGCUGGGUGAAUGGAAUAUGAAUGGCAGUCAUCCGAUAUGCUGUAAUAGAAAUAUGGCCAUGCUCAUUAAAAAAAAUAUAAUCCUCACUCAUCUUAAAAGGCACCGAUCGCCACCGAUCAGGAAAUAACACUGAUCAAAGGUUGCCAUUCUUUUACAGUGUUCGAUUCAUCAGCUGUACGAUAUGAUAUAAACAAGACAUAAGUCUAAUCCUAGUUAUUUUACUACACAAAAGUAUGUGGACACCCGUUUGUCGAAAAUCUCAUUCCAAAAUCAUGGGCAUUAAUAUGA